CAGCUAUCCAGCGGAGCGCCACUACUACACACACACACCAGCCCAGCUGGCACCAAUCAGCUAACCGCAGCGGUUCGCGUUUCGCUUUCUAGGUUUAUGACUAUUCAAACUAACCGUCAUAUUUCAUUUACACAUCCCACGGAGGAGAUAUCAGUGACAUUAAUCCACGCAAGUAUGGCACUCGUGUUCUGCAGCUCCGACCGCGCUUCGUGUGUGUAGUUAGCGGAGCUAGCCAGCUAGCCCGCUAGCUAGGCUAAGUUGAUAGCAUCGAGGCUAGCUGGCUAAGUUGCAGCGGAUCCGCGCGAGCUGGCAUCGGGAAGGGGGGGGAAGAAAGAAAAAAAACCCCGCCUCGACGUCAUCAGCCAUGGGAAUUCUAUUGACGAAGCUGUGGAGGCUUUUCAAUCACCAAGAGCACAAAGUUAUUAUAGUCGGGCUGGACAACGCUGGCAAGACCACAAUUCUUUACCAGUUUUCUAUGAACGAGGUGGUACACACUUCCCCAACGAUUGGCAGUAACGUGGAGGAGAUCGUGGUCAACAACACUCAUUUCCUGAUGUGGGACAUCGGGGGCCAGGAGUCCCUCAGAUCUUCGUGGAACACGUACUACACAAACACAGAGUUUGUCAUUGUGGUGGUCGACAGCACAGACAGAGAACGGAUCUCUGUGACUAAAGAGGAACUGUACAGAAUGCUAGCACAUGAAGAUCUAAGAAAGGCGGGGUUGUUGAUCUUUGCCAACAAGCAGGAUGUGAAAGGUCGCAUGUCUGUGGCCGAGAUCUCCCAGAGCCUACAGCUCACCUCCAUCAAGGACCACCAGUGGCACAUCCAGGCCUGCUGCGCGCUCACCGGGGAGGGGUUGUGCCAGGGGCUGGAGUGGAUGAUGUCACGGCUGCGCGUGAGAUGAUGACCUUUGGCCUUUGAUCAGGAGUGCGCCCUUGCGCUCAGUCUUUCUCUCUCUCUCUGCCUCCAGUUUGAAACGAGGACGAGGGGGGUUGAGGCCAGUCGACGGAUCGGCCCCUCUCCUCUUCCCCGUGAGGCUGACACGGGCCGGCCGCAGCCGCCAGGACGUUACAUUUCUUCUGUGAUAAUUUAUUUAACAAAAAGGACGUUUGAACUCUGAACAACAACAACAACAACAACAAAAAAAUACCUUUUUUUUAAGGAAGGACACCAGAUGAUGAAGACGAUGAAAAGAGACUCUCAAAUUAUUUAAAAUUCUCUGCACGUUUUUCUUUUAAGAGAAACACAGAGGACAGCAAACGUGUCUGACUCGGAACUACAUGGACUUGUUCUUCAGCUGUGUGUGUGAGUUUCAGCCCGUGGUGGCCUUUCAGUAUUGCCGGACUGGCUGUGGCGAUUUUAAGUGCCCCACCCCACCCUACCCUACCCACCCCCUGUGUGUGUACAGUCCAGUAUUCUCUUUUAACGUGGUGCCUGCAGCAGAAUGUUCAAGCAACGACGGUUGAUGGUGACUGAAACAUGCAGACUGGAGGGUCAAAUCACAAGAGGCCCUCUGUCUUUCAGUCCCUAUGAAUAAUCAGUGAAAAAUAAAGUGUUUUUAUCUGUUUCAGGUGAA